CUCUUAGCGUAGGAAGGGCGGGGCCCCUACGUGGGCUUGGCCAGUCGGUUUGGACCUGGGCUUUCCCGGAUCGCCUGCCAAGAGAAGGAGGGGCACGGUAGUGGAUCCUACACCCUCUUCUUGUUUCUCUACUAACUGCCCUAUGCUUCAGAACCCUGUAAAAGGGCAGAGUCGGAGGGGAAGUGCCCCUGAGGACAACUGGGACGUUAUAGGGUUGUAGAAACUGGUGCCUUGGAUAUAGAAGAAGGAGGGCGGUCCGAAGUGUCUUGCUGGCCGCCUUCGGCACCAACUGGGCGGCUCAGAACUCCAUCCCAAAGUUCAGAGUUGGGCUAUGGCUCCUUUGGGUCUCCCCAGUCCACACCUGCAGGCCAGCUGAGAGGCAGGCAAGGGGAGUCUCCACAUGCAGAGGAGGGAGCUGGGUCCAGAAUGGCACCGGGACCAGUCCAGGGGCCCAUGAAGAGGGCUCUGGCCUAGGAGUCCUGGGCCGAGCUCUGCCCCAUCCUGCUGAGAGGAGACAUGAGGAAAGCUUGGAGAGAGCCCUGUAGUGAGCAGAGAGACUUCUUGUGGCCCGCCUCAUCUCUAGUAGCUCCGUGGUUUCUGGAGGACCCCUCGCUGGAGAGGCAUUUUAAGGGCCACCGAGAUGCAGUUACUUGUGUGGACUUCAGUCUCAACACGAAGCAGCUGGCCAGCGGCUCCAUGGACUCAUGCCUCAUGAUCUGGCACAUGAAGCCCCAGUCACGCGCCUACCGCUUUGCGGGCCACAAGGAUGCUGUCACCUGUGUGAACUUCUCCCCUUCGGGACACCUUCUUGCCUCAGGCUCCCGAGACAAAACUGUCCGGAUCUGGAUACCCAAUGUCAAAGGCGAGUCCACUGUGUUUCGGGCACACACGGCCACAGUGAGGAGUGUCCACUUCUGCAGUGAUGGCCAGUCUUUCGUGACAGCCUCCGAUGACAAGACAGUUAAGGUGUGGUCGACUCAUCGCCAGAAAUUCCUGUUCUCCCUAAGCCAGCACAUCAAUUGGGUCCGCUGUGCCAGGUUCUCUCCCGACGGGCGGCUCAUUGUGUCUGCCAGUGAUGACAAGACUGUCAAGCUGUGGGACAAGACCAGCCGGGAGUGUGUCCACUCUUACUGUGAGCAUGGCGGCUUUGUCACCUACGUGGACUUCCACCCCAGCGGCACGUGCAUUGCUGCUGCCGGCAUGGACAACACAGUGAAGGUGUGGGACGUGCGGACGCACCGGCUCUUGCAGCACUAUCAGCUGCACAGCGCAGCGGUGAAUGCACUCUCCUUCCACCCAUCCGGAAACUACCUGCUCACGGCCUCCAGUGACUCGACCCUGAAGAUCCUGGACCUCAUGGAGGGCCGGCUGCUCUAUACUCUCCACGGGCAUCAGGGUCCAGCCACCACUGUUGCUUUUUCAAGAACGGGAGAGUAUUUUGCUUCUGGAGGUUCUGAUGAACAAGUGAUGGUUUGGAAGAGUAACUUUGAUGUUGUCGAUUUUGGAGAAGUCACAAAAGUGCACAGGCCCCCAGCCACCCUGGCCACCUCCUCCAGGAAUCUGAUGUGGGAGGCUUUGAGAAAGUCCAAUCUCUGCUCCCCACCGUGGUUCUGGUGCAUGGAGAGAUUGAGCAGUCUUGGCCCAGAGGUGCAGCCAGAAGUGGAUUUUCCUGUCCCUCCAGGCAGAGGCAGGAGUCAGGAGUCGGUGCAGAGCCAGUCCCAGGAGCCCAUCAGCAUGCCCCAGACGCUGACCAGCACGUUGGAGCACAUCGUGGGCCAGCUGGACGUCCUCACCCAGACAGUCUCCAUCCUGGAGCAGCGCUUGACACUGACGGAGGACAAGCUGAAGCAGUGUCUGGAGAACCAGCAGCUAAUCAUGCAGAGAACAACACCGUGAUCAGGGGAGCGAGAAUCAAGAGCUUGGUCGAUUUUGGGGGGGUGGCAGACCGGGGACUGGUACUGUGGGACUUGGGUAAAUAAAUGAAAGGGAUUCAGCUCUGUGGGCAUCACAUUCAUCCCUGAGCCCCAGAGAUUAUGCCCCUAUCUCUGUCCUCCACCUGCUGUCUGCACCUGGAGGCUCUCCACCUGGCAGUGGGAGGCCGGCCCCCUGUGGGCAGGGCCAACACAUGCAGAAUGUACUGUGUUUGGUUUAAUGUGAAGGAGUCACCCGGAAAUGUUUGCUACCUCUACCUCGGAGUCCCAAUGAGCCCUAAGAUCGCAGCUUCCCUGCCCCCCUCCAGAAGAGUCCCCUUCCUGGGGUUUGUCCAACCUUCUGUCAUAUGACUGGCUCUUCCCACCCAUAGCAAUGGACUACACAUUGGGUGGGGAGCCAGGAGUUUUCUCUAAAUCUGACAAAAGGCCCAAUGUGGGUCCAUCUGAGGUUUAUCCAGGAACAAGCACUCGAGGCGGGGAGGUGGUAGCUUUGCAGUGGCCUCGAUUUCUCACGCAUGCUCACUGGGGCCUGGUGGCUUCCUCCUCUGUAUGCACGAAGGUGAAGGAAUCUGAAAUUAAAAUGGACUUUAUUGA